UUCUUCGCCUCUAUACAUAAAGCAAAGCCGGAUAGUUUCUUUCCUCUCCCCAAGCUCUCUUUUCUGUAUUUCUUUCAUUCCUUAAGAAUCUUAUUCCUUCUCAAAUCAAUCUCCUUUUUUUUUUUUUUCCCUUUUAUCUUAUUUCUUCUUGAUCGCUCUUUUUUCUGUAUAUUUCUCUCUUUCUUUUUUCUUUGGUUUCUUUCAAAUAAGAGAUUUACUAGAUUCUCCAUUCAGAAAAAAAAGAGCUCCCCUGUUUAUCAAAGUUCACUUAUAAGAGGCUUGUCAACUAGCUGUUGUUUUAUAUUCAAGUUAUGAACCGAAGUCGAUCUAACUUCCUUGGCUUUGGAGGGAUUUCAAGCCUCAAAACUUUUCUCUGCCUAGCUUCUUCUUCCUUUCUUCUAGAAUUCGGUAAUUUGAAGUCUUCGUGACCUGCAAAAACAGAAGAGAUUCUUGUUUGUCUUGGCUGAACUUGGAGCUAAGGUAUUGAAAGCUGAGCGUUUUUUGAUUUUUUGUUUCUUUGAAAUCCUCAACCGGUUCAGAAAGCCGCGAAAAGCUGAAGAUUUUGGCAGCAGAUGGCCUUUGAGCAAUACUUUGAAGAAGCUGUAGCUCAUAACCCUGUAUGCGAGGGUAAAAAUUUCUUGGAGAAGUGUAACAAUCCACCAGAUGCAGUCUCAGAUUCUGAUAAUAAUCCCUCCGGAGGUUUUGACUGCAACAUCUGCCUAGACUCUGUCCAGGAUCCAGUGGUCACACUAUGCGGUCACCUGUAUUGCUGGCCCUGCAUUUACAAAUGGCUUCAUUAUCAGACCAUAUCCACUGAAAACCAAGGCCAGAAACAGCAGCAUUGUCCUGUAUGCAAAUCAGAAGUUUCACAUACCACACUGGUUCCGCUUUAUGGCGGGGGCCUGACAAAUAAGGCAUCAAGAGGCAAGACUCCCCAAUUUGAUAUAGUCAUACCAAAGAGACCUCUUGCUCCUACUUGCGGAGUUGGCACAGUAAGAUCACCUAAUACUAGCGGUAGUCAGCAGUUUCCACUGCAAUUACAUCACGGCGGUCAUUCAUAUCAACCACAAAUCUACUACCCUCAACAGGGCGGUUAUCCAGCUUCACCGAUGAUAAUAAAUGUACUGGAUCCAGUGAGCCGAACGUUUGGUGACAUGGUAUACACAGGGGUAUUUGGGAACUCGAUUAAUUUAUAUACAUAUCCAAAUUCAUACAAUCUUGUGGGGAGCACUAGUCCUAGGAUCAGAAGGCACGUAAUGCAAGCCGAUAAGUCACUCAGCAGAAUAAGUUUUUUCCUCUUCUGUUGCAUAGUCCUCUGUCUUCUUUUGUUCUGAUCUUUGUUUCUCUGCUUCCGUUCCCAUUUUAUACCUGUAUAGAGGUCAGCCGUCGUAUGUACUAAUACCUUAUGAGAUGAUGCAUCUCCUGUGGUGCGUUAUGGCAUUUAUGUAAUUAUGAGUUCCGUGCAGUUGUUCUGCGAUAUGCUGCAUUAUAGCAUUUAUGUAACUAUGAGUUCUGUGCACUUGUUCUGCGAUAUAGUAUGAGUUCUAUUUCGAGCUUAAAAAUCAAUCAUUUCUGUGAUGUUUUGGCUAUUGGAUAACUGUAGGGAUAUUCAACAAAAAUGCAUAUUCUACAAUAUGCCCUACCAAGCUUCAUGUUCAUAGGUUAAGCUUGCCUAUAGAACGUUUCACUGGUGGGCGAUCAACAUCAUCAAACCGAUUAUAUAUCGGCUUUCAGUUUUAACGGUAACCUAAACCACAUUACAUUCAAAUCCUAGCUCUCACAUUUAAGAACUACUGACACUAUACCAGAUGAAAGGAUUCAGGUUUCAAAUUGCUCAUUAAUCUGAUGUAGUUGCUUUGCUAUUUCUCAUUA